UUUCGGUUUAAAUUCUAGUUCUUCGACAGAAUACAGAAUCAGCUGUAACAUCAAGAAAUUUUGUAAAUAUAACCUAUAAGAAAGAUUUCUUCAUUAUUAUGCCAAAUGUUAUGUGAUACUUAUGCUGAUACUUGAGAUAUUUAGAAACAGAUCAAUUUCAACAUAAGUGAUGCUCGGUCCCUUACACUGCCGGACAGCGUUGAAAAUAGAAGAGCACUUCGCAUGUUCUUCCCUUCAAAGGUUUGAUAGAUGAGAAUCCCACGUUUUUUCCGUAAUGUCUUAAUCGGCAUCCCGAUCGGGAUUGCUUUUUGCGACACAGUCGGAUAUGUCGCGAGGGUGGAAGGAAUUUCCAUGCAACCUGCAUUAAAUCCAGAUUUACGGUAUCCUGAUUACGUAUUUCUGAAUCGCUGGGCUAUCCGGAAUCAAGAUAUACAGCGCGGCGACGUAGUGUGCGUUGUUUCUCCCAAGGUGCCAAAUCAGACCCUUAUCAAGAGAGUUGUGGGACUUGCUGGCGAUAUUAUAGGCACGCAUGGAUACAAGCUCUGUACCAUCCAAGUAUGGAUACGAUAUGUAGAAGUAAUUAUUGGGUAUAUAACAGUAAAUAACGGUGCUUGGGUUCUAACAAUUACUGACAACUUGGUAUUAUUAUCCUUUAAAUAUUUGUAAAUUAAUUGUGGUAUUAUAAAUAUAGGUACCAGAAGGACACUGUUGGUUGGAAGGAGAUCACGUUGGACAUUCUAUGGACUCUAAUACCUUUGGGCCA